AGCAAAAAGAAAAAUCCCUCAUGCUCACAUCGUAUCUGGAUCAACAGAGCACAUUGAUCCAGGAGGUCCUACCUGUCAUGCACCUGCAUUAAUGAAUUGCAUUGUCUUGUGCACCCCAUUUCCAUUUGCUCAUGUAUAACUCAAGUACACAUUGUGAUUUAGUAUUCAUAUGUACAAAUUAGAUCAUGUGUACAAAUUAGUGGAACUUUCAGGGAUGUCAGUAAGAAUCGUGUUAUGUGUAAUAAUUGCAGAGCAGAAGAGUUGAUGAGAAUAAUUCUUCUAUCUUUUACUUAUAGGAGUCAUUGCUUAUGGUGAAGAGGACUCCAUAGAUCGUGGUAAGUCUAUCAACAGAGGUGAUGAAUCUUGCCUUACUGUACAUUCAGGAGGAAAACUACAUCAGUGUUGUUGCUGUCGUUGCAAAGAGAAAUUAUGUCAGGAUGAUGCGAAUUCCUUCACAUAUUUGAGAUCAUGCACGCAGAGGAAUGAAUGCUGCUAUUGCAAACAGGAAUAUUCUUGUAAAUGUGAUCACAAAGCGCAUCAUACACAUCCCGAUUCUACACACAUUCCAGAGGGAUGCUCUAACCAACUUAACCAGACUGAUCAUCUCCAAACAGAUGUGAGGAAAAAAACAUUUCAAUGUACACACUGUGAGAAGAGAUACUAUCUCAAGUCUCAUCUGUCCCGUCAUCUCCAAAGCCACACAGGAGAAAAGAAGUAUAAAUGUUCUUACUGUGAGAAGAGAUUUUUUAUUAAAAAUGAUUUGACCCGUCACCUUCAAAGGCACACCGGAGAAAAACCACAUAAAUGUACGUACUGUGAGAAUAGAUAUUAUACAAGAUGUGAGCUGACCAAUCACCUUCAAAGACACACCGGAGAAAAACCAUAUGAAUGUUCAUACUGUGAGAAGAGAUAUUUUACAAGAUAUGAUUUGACCAAUCACCUUCAAACACACACAGGAGAAAAAAUACAUGCAUGCUCUUACUGUGAGGAGAGCUAUUUUACAAGAUAUGAUCUGAUCUUUCACCUUCAAAUGCACACCGGAGAAAAACCAUACGAAUGUUCACAAUGCAAGGAGAGAUUUUCGGCUAAAAGUAGUUUAACCGCUCAUCUCUUAACUCACACAGGAGAAAUUUCAUAUGAAUGUUCUCAUUGUGAAAAAAGAUUUUCUGACAAAGCUGCUCUACAUAGUCAUAUUAGAACACAUACAGGAGAAAAGCCUCAUGCAUGUUCAUACUGUGAGAAAAGUUUUUUAAGAAGAAAUGAUUUGAACUAUCACCUUCGAACGCACACCGGAGAAAAACCAUAUGAAUGUUCAGAAUGUAAGAAGAGCUUUACAAGUAAGAGUAAUUUAACCGUUCAUCUCUUAACUCACAGAGGAGAAAAGGUACAUCAAUGUCCACACUGUGAAAAGACAUAUAAUCGUAAGUCUCAUCUGACCCAGCAUAUCAGAUUUCAUACAGGAGAAACACCAUAUGAAUGUUCACAUUGUGAGAAGGGAUUUUCUACGCAACCUGAUCUACUUCGGCAUAUAAAAACACAUACAGGAGAAAAACCUUUUGAAUGUUCACAUUGUAAGAAGAGAUUUGUUCAGAAAAUUCAUCUGACUCGUCACAUCAGAACACACACGGGAGAAAAGCCAUUUAAAUGUUCUCAUUGUGAGAAAACAUUUUCUGAAAAAGGUAGUCUGACCAAGCAUCUCAGACUACACACAGGAGAAAGACCUUAUGAAUGUCAGCAAUGUAAGACAUGCUUCUCUAAAAGAAGUACUCUGGCUCAUCAUUAUCUCAAAAUGCAUGGAGGAGAUAAAAAAAAAUAAGAUUUGAAGGAUACUUUGAGAAGAGUUUCAUUUAAAAAAAAUAAAUAUAAGCCUAAAAAUGUCUUAUUCUAUGUCUAUCAUACGUGACUAUCAUAAAUGAGUGAACUUCCUGUGGAUGUUUGCUAUUAAGUAUAAAUGUAUUUAUUUACACCUUAGAAAUGCUCCAUUGCCAAUCCAGGGAGGCAUUUAAUAUAACUCCAAGAAUGCCAUUUAUUUAUUGAAAACUUGAUAUGUUGGGGGGGGGGGGGUGGGAACUUCUCCCUGCACCCACAGCUUAGCAAGCUCUGUAGGCCUACAUGUACAUGUUGGCACUUUGCGCGUGCAUUUACCAUCCUCUAAAAAAUCAAUCCCAGCUACCCAUUCUUUUCCUAAGUUGAUUCUGAAAAACGCUUGUGAAGAUCUGGAAAUAUUGUAAUUGAGAUGUUAUUGAAAGUCUGGUAUUUAGUAAAUUUUACGUGACACCCAUUAUCUCUUUUGUCGACCAAUUAUUCAGCCCAUAUUGCAGAUGACUGACAAUUAUCAUUAAACCUUAGAAAUAGAUGGUUUAGACAUGGGCGUUGCUCCAUGAUAUUUUUAUGCAUGUUUAGAAAUGAGGGAGAGAUUAACUGAUAUAGGUACUGCUUUAUUUUGAAAGAAUCCAAAUAUUUGCCAUUUUACAGGCUGGGAUUAAUAAAGGUCAAUGAAAGUUUUCAAAUGAUUAAUUGUUACGUGCCAAGAGCUGAGGCAGGAGCCCUUGAAAUAUAGUGAUAUGUUGAAUAAUUGGACUUAAUUACCAAUUUCUUUCCUUGAUUUUGAAUAUAUUAUAUUAUAUUAUAUUAUUAUAGAUUGAAUAUUUUUUCAGUUUAAUAGAUUAGAUUGUCAGCUGACAUAAAAUGUGAAAAGAUAUGUUUGUCAAUAAAUUCAUACAAC